AAUAUUUUUGAUGAAAAUUUCAAAAUGAAAGAGGAAUACGCAAGUGGAUUGUUAAGCUUAUCUUGGGUGAAGAAUUUCUAUAUUGGUUUUGACGGUAAAAAAGAUAGAACGUGGAAAAUAUACAUCACACACGAUAAAUGCGAAAAGCCGUUAAUGGAGGAGCUUCAGGGAAUAUUUGGGGAUAAGAUUCUCUAUUUUGUUGAAUUUAACCAUGUACGAGUCGCUUCAUCCAAGAAUGGUAGUAGCUCCAACUUCUUCCGAGGACCAAGAUCAGGAGAUCAACUUAACGUUACGCAGAGAAGUGAUGGGGGGGCGAUCAGUAUUAUCAGUGUUGGCGAUAUUCGCACACGAGAGCACUACGCAGUCACCUGCUAUCAUGUGUGCUAUAUGAAAAAAUUAGAGGGCAGCAUAGGCCAACAGCACCAAACAUUGAAGAAAGACUGCAGAAAUGAUGCAAGGGGAUGUUCCAAUGCCACCUACGAAUAUACAGACGGAGACAGACGUAAAAAACUUGGUACGUUUUAUUGUGGUUUGUACAAUGAAGAGCACGACAUUGCAUUGGUUAAACUUGAAAAUUGGAAUUGCAAAGAUGCUGUUAAAUACCUUGAUGAAAAGAACGUUGAGAAAGCAUUGGCAAGUAGAGAGGAAGUAUUCAGAAUGUUUAAAGAGAUGGGCGGAUCAGUCUUGGUUGAAAAAAUUGGCUCAGACCAUUCGGAGGGAGAACUUUUCGCAAUAGAUGCAAGGCCAUGGAAAAACGGAAUGAACCGCGGGUCUUAUGGAAUAAGAAAUGUUUCCAGCAAUAAAGACUUUUUGGUGAGAGGUGAUUCGGGCUCUUUGUUGUGUAUGAAAUGUAAAGAUGGUAGAAAAGUGCCCUUCGCUUACGUGAGUAACAAGGACGGAGGUGCUUAUUACUGUCCUAAUUUGAAAGAAAGUCUAGAAGCACUGAAUCCGGAAAUAAAACCUUGUUUGGGCAAAUGCGGCUUGAAAUAGCUAACAUAUCUAUACCAAAAACAUUUUAUAAUAUGUAAACUAAAACAAAGUAGUAAAAUCCAAUUGCAAUUAACACAUGCAUGUGUUAGAGACAUAUUUCAAGAAAAGAUCGCAGGAAACCUUUUAAAGGAACGCUAAUUGUGCACGUUUUUAUUUAUUAUUUCGCACUUUCUUUAUUUUA